CAGCCGCGGCCCACAAGUGGCUCACCUCCUCCUUCCCGCUCCUGAGCCGCAGUGUGAGUGUCAAUGCCAUGGAAGCUUCAACCGGAUCUCCUCGCCUUCCCGCUCCGGCUGCCGCCGAACCAAACGCCGGCAAGAUCAAGCGGAGCCUUAUCCAGAGAGGCGUCAAUCCAACCCCCAGAAUCAUCCACACCCUCCGCAAGAAACACCUCCAGAAAGCCAUUCGCAAAUCCAAGCGUGCCCUAUCCUAUCCUCCCCAACCCCAAUCCCUCGGUGAAGAAGCCGAUUUCCAAGCCAUAAAGGCCGAGUACAAAUCCUUCAAGAAAUUCGUCGCUCCCAAAUCUGAAAUUCGCCUCGUCGGGAAGCCUUGGGAGGGGUUGGAGAGAGUUCGAUUGCGAGAGCUCGCCAGGGAGGAGUACGCCGGCGGCGGUGGCGACAGGAUCAAGUCCGAGCACCUGAGAGAGCUGAGUGAUAUUCUGGAGACUGACCGCGACAAGUUCCGGUGGCUCUUGGACGACGAUGUUGAGAUGGAGGAAGGCUGGUUGGAGGAAGAGAAGUGGAAUUGGGCUCCGGGGAAGCGCUCCCGUAGCGAGGCCGAGACAAUUCGGUUUCUUGUUGAUAAGCUGAGCUGCACGGAGCUUAAUGUGAAGGACUGGAAGUUUUCUAGGAUGAUGAAGCAGUCAGGGCUACAGUUCACUGAAGGUCAGUUGCUUAAGCUUGUUGAAGGGCUUGGUGAUAAAGGGAAGUGGAGGCACGCAUUAUCUGUUGUGCAAUGGGUGUACAGCCAAACGGAACACAGGCAUUACAAGAGCAGGUUUGUAUUCACAAAACUCCUGGCUGUUCUUGGGAAAGCAAGGAGGACUCGUGAAGCCCUUCAAAUCUUUGAUUUGAUGCAUGAAGAUUGCCAAACAUAUCCUGAUAUGGCUGCAUACCACAGUAUUGCUGUUACGCUUGGUCAAGCUGGUCUUCUGAAAAAACUGCUGAACAUUGUUGAAUGCAUGAGGGAGAAACCUACAAAAAGAAUAAAAAAUAUGCUUCGCAAGAACUGGGACCCUGCUCUUCAGCCUGAUCUUGUUGUGUUUAAUGCUGUACUGAAUGCUUGUGUUCCAUCCCAUCAGUGGAAGGGUGUAUCUUGGGUGUUUGAGCAGUUGAGAAAGAAUGGUCUAAAACCUAAUGGAGCGACGUAUGGACUGGCAAUGGAGGUAAUGUUGCAUUCUGGAAAGUAUGACCUUGUCCAUGAGUUCUUUGGGAAAAUGAGAAGAAGUGGGGAAGCUCCAAAAGCCCUUACAUACAAAGUUCUUGUUAGAACUUUUUGGGAGCAAGGUAAAGCUGAGGAAGCUGUUCAAGCAGUAAGGGAUAUGGAACAAAGAGGAGUUAUUGGGACAGCCUGUGUAUAUUAUGAGCUAGCUUGCUGCCUUUGUAGUAAUGGCAGGUGGCAAGAAGCUCUGAUGGAGGUUGGAAAGCUGAAAAAACUUCCACAUACAAAACCUUUGGAGGUUACCUUCACUGGGAUGAUAAAGUCUUCCAUGGAUACUGGGUACAUUCAAGAUUGCAUAUCUAUCUUUCAACACGCUAAAGACCAUUGUGUGCUUGACGUUGGUAUUGUAAACAUCAUGCUCAAAGUUUAUGGGAAGAAUGAUAUGUUUUCAAAAGCCAAAGAGUUAUUUGAAGAGGCCAAAAAAACUCAAUCUAAUUCUACCUCUAGCCCGGAUGGCUAUGGUUAUUCUCUUAUCCCUGAUGUGUACACCUAUAGCACAAUGCUAGAGGCUUCUGCUCGUGCUCUCCAGUGGGAGUACUUUGAGUAUGUGUACAGGGAGAUGGUUCUCUAUGGUUAUCUGCUUGAUCAAAGUAAACAUGCAUUGCUACUUGUUGAAGCGUCCAUAGCUGGGAAGUGGCAUUUGCUGGAACAUACAUUUGAUACUAUGUUGGAAGCUGGUGAAAUACCUCAUCCAUCUUUCUUUACUGAAUUGAUGUGUCAAGCAAUAAUUCGACAUGAUUAUGAAAGAGUAGUGAACAUAAUCAAGUCCAUGGCUUAUGCUCCAUUUCAAGUGAGCGAACAGCAAUGGACAGACCUGCUCGAGAGAAAUAGGGAUAGAAUUAGUCAGGAUAGUUUAAGAGACCUGUUGGAAACUCUCAGUCGUUGUGAUUUACCCAUGGAAGCCACUGUGUCUAAUUUGUUGAGAUCGCUAUUAUCUCAUUGUAGACUUGACGAUCAGAGAGGGGAUCCAACUGCAGACUGUCCAUCACUUGACGAAUCAUCUUUGGCUGCUGAUAAUGGAAACAUAGUUGACAGAGUGGUUGAUGCUAAUCUAGAACUAGGGUUCUCAAAUCAUAACUGCAAUGGUGAUGGGAAGGCUAAACUAUUUCCCAAUCUUGGGGAUGAUUUAGCUCUUGAGAUGGCAUCUGAUGAAUUUACUGAUGACUCUGAUGAUGAACUCCGGGCGAUAAGCUUGGACAAUGAGGAGGUAGAACUUGAAAUAAGAGCAGGUGAUCCUGACGGUACUACUGAUGAAGAAUCCAGCAUACCCUCUGCAAAUGAAAUUUUGAAAUCCUGGAAGCAAGACAGAACUAGAGAUGGCAUUUUCUUUCCCUUCAUUUGAGUGCUAGUUGUUCAUCCACAGCUUAUCAACUUGUAAAGAGUGCAUCGCAUAAUGAAAUUGUGUGAAUUUUAUCUCCAAUCAUGAGUCAGUCUGGAUGAAUUAGCAGAGGAACAAUGAUGGAACAUGGGGGUUUCUGUUUCAGUUGUCAUUCACAAUCAUGGUUUACAUGGUGUAAUAAUUUUGGCCA